AGAGUAUCAAACAAACUCCAAAAAACAAAAAGAAAAUAACACGAAGGAAAGAGAACGAAAGAAUCUCUCUCUCUCAUUCAAUUCCCGGGAUUUAGGGCUUCGAAAUCCAUGGCGUCUCGAAGGCGGAUGCUUCUAAAGGUCAUAAUCCUCGGAGACAGCGGGGUCGGAAAGACGUCUUUGAUGAAUCAAUAUGUGAAUCGGAAGUUUAGUAAUCAGUACAAAGCAACGAUCGGAGCAGAUUUCUUGACAAAAGAAGUGCAAUUUGAAGAUAGGCUAUUCACACUGCAGAUAUGGGAUACAGCUGGUCAGGAAAGGUUUCAGAGUCUUGGUGUGGCUUUCUACCGUGGUGCAGACUGCUGCGUUCUUGUCUAUGAUGUUAACGUCAUGAAAUCAUUUGAUAACCUCAACAAUUGGCGGGAAGAGUUUCUAAUUCAGGCUAGCCCAUCUGACCCUGAAAACUUCCCAUUUGUGGUGUUGGGAAACAAGACAGACAUUGAUGGUGGCAAUAGCAGAGUGGUCUCUGAGAAGAAGGCACGUGCAUGGUGUGCCUCCAAGGGGAACAUCCCCUACUUUGAGACUUCUGCAAAGGAGGGUUUCAAUGUGGAAGCUGCAUUUGAGUGUAUAGCAAAGAAUGCUCUAAAGAACGAACCUGAAGAAGAAGUAUACCUUCCGGACACCAUCGAUGUGGCAGGCGGAGGACAGCAGCAGAGAUCAUCUGGUUGUGAAUGUUAGGUGAAUGUGUUGUUUUGUGAUGGAAAAGGGUACCCCAUCCACGUGGUAAUAAUUCAGGGAUGGUUUAUUAUGAUUCUGUGUACAAAUAUUGAGUCUCAAAAAGUUUGGCAUCUUUGCUUUCUUACU